UGCGAGUGCUACUUAACAUUGCAAAAAAAAUUACUAAAAAAUAUUAAAUUGAGUGUGUUUAAAAAGCCAUUUCUUUUGGCUCCAAGGGUCGUGUAUGCAUUUAGUCGCUGGUUUGCUCACCACCAAUUCGUCAACCCAUUUUAAUGUAAAUUUUUCUCUAGGCUGUGAUGUGCCCCGUUUUCGGUAGUGGUCAUUCAGCAUUUUUAACGUCAUGUCGCAUCACAGCGAUGAUCACCUUCUGCAGGCAGGAAGUGAUUCUUUCUGGGAACCUGGCAAUUAUAAACGCACCACCAAACGUAUCGAAGACGGAUACAAGCUUUGCAAUGACUUGCAGACUCUAAUACAAGAACGUGCUGAUAUAGAAAAGGGUUACGCAAAGAGUUUACGUGCGUGGUCGAAGAAAUGGGGUGAACUCAUCGAGAAAGGCCCCGAAUAUGGUACUACGGAAGCUGCCUGGAAAAGCGUACUCACCGAGUCUGAACGCAUCAGUGACGUACACAUGAAGAUCAAAGAAAAUUUAUGCAACGACGUGAGCAGCCAAAUAAAAGGUUGGCAAAAGGACAAUUAUCAUCACACGCUUAUGCAAAUCAAGCAACGCAAGGAUAUGGAAGAUUUGUUUAAGAAGGCGCAAAAGCCCUGGGCUAAGUUGCUAGCAAAAGUAGAGAAGACAAAGUCUGAUUACCAUGCUGCCUGCAAAACGGAGCGCAGUGCCACCAAUCAAGAACGGAAUGCCACGGCGGAUAGUUCACUAUCACCGGACCAAGUCAAAAAAAUGCACGAUCGUGUUCAGAAAACUAAAGAUCAAGUUGCAAAAUGUCGGGAGAAAUACGAGCAGGCCAUCGCAGAGAUUACCAAAUAUAAUUCGGUAUAUAUCGAGGAUAUGACUUCAGUGUUUGAAAAGUGCCAAGCCAUGGAGAGGACACGAUUGGUCUUCUUUAAAGAUGUUCUAUUCAAUAUUCACGCGUGCCUGGACCUCACCAAGGUGCAAUGUCUGCCGCAAAUAUACGAAGAGUUCUAUCACACCAUAAAUAAUGCAGAUCAGCAGAAGGAUCUGAAGUGGUGGUCAAAUAAUCACGGUGUAAAUAUGGCUAUGAAUUGGCCCUCAUUUGUCGAAUACACCGAAGAGUUCAGAGAUAUAGCAAAGGGCAGCAAAUCAAAGGAGGCUCUUCCAGCAGCAGCAAUCACACUUAUCAAUCAGCGUCCUGUUUCUGAGGACCCGCAUGAAUAUAACACGAAUAGCUUAAAGAAAUCAUCGGCAAAUUCGAGCAAAUCUAGUGGAAAAUCCAUGCCACAAGAAUCUGCGUCUUCGCCUACAACAGCGACAGCGUCAUCGGCUGCGGCGAUCGGUAAAAGCGCAAAUGCAGCAUCGGCUUCAAACAAUCGCAAUUCAAGCGUAACGAAUGGGAAUGGCAAACCCGACGUCAAUCCAUUCGAAGAAGAGGAGGAAUGGGAUGAAGGUGAUAACGUGUUGGUGGAUAAUGGAGAAAAAGGUGUACCAGUCAAGGCUUUAUAUGACUAUGAAGGCGCAGAAGAUGAUGAGCUAACAUUUAAACAAGGUGAUGUCUUCGAGAAGCUUGAAGAUGAAGAUGAGCAAGGUUGGUGCAAAGGACGUAUGAAUGGGCGCGUUGGGCUUUAUCCGGCAAAUUAUGUGGAACCACUACAUACGUAAAUAAAAUCAAAUCAUUUUUGAACAACUAAAAAAAGAAUGUAGUAAAAAUUAAAAGCCAACCCGGGAAAAUUUAAGAAUGCAAAACAUGCUGCUGCAUCAUUUAACUCAACGCAAAAUAUAUUGAAAUUAUCAUAAAGAAGCAUUUUUCGUCUGCGAAGUAUUUCGAGAGAAACCGGCGACGAAAUAGUAAGCAAUACUUGAAACACAUCACCAUUAGAAUCAUAUUUUGUGAUUGUAGCCUAUUAUUUGUUCUUGUAUUUGAAAAUUGUUUACAUCAGAUAUCGAACUAUUGUUUAAAACAAUUCGAAAUGAAAACAAAUAAGAAUGAAUAAGUCUUGUCAGCUUAUGAAUAUUAGCAGUGAAAAUUUUAAAAUGUGAUUUUAAUCUUUUAUGUUAGUCUUUAUCAAGUUCAAAGCAUUUCAAGAGCAAAUUCAAUAUUUUUUCCUAUUUAACAUAAUGCCCAGGUCACAUGGUCCUCCCAUAAAUCCGUGCUCCAUUAAGGUUAAAUGAAAAUUUACUUACAUAUAUGUAUAUUAUGUACGCGUACAUUCAUGUAAUAAAGCCGCAGCUGAAAUUUAUUUAUUGCAAAUGAAAACAAAGUAAAUUCAAUUUUGCGAUUCCGUUUGAGUACGGACGUUUAACAAAACCAAAAUUGAAUUAGGGAAUUUAAAAAAAAAAAAAUUUUAACUUAGAACCUUCAAAAACGAGUGGGCUGCUGUUCCAAAGGCGUAUGAAGCAGUGAAAGAGGUGAAUUCUUGGUGACCCAGCCGUUGCUUAGCACACCAAAAUUGCUUCUUCAGUUUUUGGUUCGCGAAGCGCAUUCUAUAUUCCACUUGUUCUACAUAUGUUAACGAGCGUAUGCACAAGUAUUAAAACAAUCAUAUGCGGAUAUUGAGUGGAUAAAAUAUAGUUAGUAGACAUAAGCAGGUAUGGGUCAUAAGUUUUUAACUCGAAACACCCUUUUAGAUUUAUUAAAACUUUUAAUUCAGUUGUCAGAUACAUAUGUAUGUACAUAUAUAUACAUAUAUCGUUAUAUUAGUUCACAAGUGCUCUAGCCAACAAAUUUUUUUCUUACAGAAGCAGAAAACACUAUACAAAACCGGUAGGGAUUUUUAAAAAGUGGCAUGUAACUCCUUUGGUACUAACACUGUAAAAUUUUUCUUGAAGUUGUACUUUAAUAAAUAAAUAGUGUUGGGUUAGGCCUUUAAGAAUUAAGGUGACGAUAUUUAAAUUUAUUGCGAUAUUAGAGCUCGUGCUUAUUUACAAGCACCCAAUAGGUUUGCGAGGUCAGCGAUCACGCUCGUAUUGUACUACAUAUCAUUUCUUAACAUCCAGAACAAAAUCAAAAGUUCGGCAAUAUGCGUAGAAAACGAGCGCGUGCCGCUUAAAAAGAUUUGAUUUAAUUAAGACAAGGUAUUUUAAAAUUAUACUUUACAUGCGUCUUUGCUAAGAUAUGUGGAAACUACAAAAAGUAUUUAUUUUAUUCCACUUCCAGUUCGAGUUAAAAAUUAUGCACCAUAAUUCAUACAUUUACAUUUAUAUACAUAUAUACGUAUGUAUGUAGUUUAUGGAUGAAAAUACAUGUGUAAGUCUAUAAAGCAAUAUUACAUAGGUAGUAUACUUGCAUGAUUACGCUAGUUUAAAUAGUUAUACAUACUAAUAAAUUGAGAAAUAUGAUGAGAAGAGCUACAUACAUAUGCGCAAUGCAUUUUCUUGUUUUGUAAUUUCAAUACAUAUACAAACAUACACAAAAUGAACAUUUUAUUGUUGGGAGAAAUAUUGUAUGUACUAUGUAUUUAACUACAUAUAUCAAAUUUUAUUUAAUCCGUAUUCGUGUCUUUAUGUAUUAUAUUUUACAUUGGUUUACUCUUUUUAAGAUUAUAUCCUCCUUUAACGUGUGUAACAAUGUUUAGAACUGCUUGCUGCCGUAAAAAUUUUAGGGAUGAAGUUUAAAUGGGGAAAUAAACCACCUAAUGCCAAACUUCAAGUAAAGGAAAAAAUAAAACAAUAAAUGAAUUAUAACAAAUAUACAAACAUACACGAAUGUAGCAAGUAUUUAUAUGAUUAUUAUUUACUAAACUUAUAUCUUUUUGAAAUAAUAAAGAAAUGUGAAAUACGUUGAUUUAUAAAUAA